UUCCAAACAAAAUCAAAUGAGAUUAUAUGGUCAAAUAUAUCCAGAUUUUUUUGACAAUUAGAACCGAGAGAAUUGGCAGGAAGGAAGAUGCGGAACGGAAUUCCAUGAUAACAAGAAAUAUCUCUAAGCAAAUCCGACAGCGCCAACAGUUUGCCAAUUUGCCUUUGGCCGUAUAUCGAUGCAAUUGACCUUUCGUAUUUUUCGGGGUUCUGAGACUCUGAUUUGUGUGGGAGCAAGGAGGGUUUCGUGAAGUGGGUAUCUUGAUCUCGGAGAAACGAGGUUAAAUCUGUUGGUGGGUGUUGACAAGGGAUUGAGAAUGGAGAGCUUUGGAGCCACAGUAUCUUUAAGGGGUGGUUGUGGAUUAUCCGCUCUCUAUGAUUGCAACAGGAGCGUCCAUUCUCCUCAUUCUCUAAAGACCAGAAGGCUUUCAGUAUCUUCUCUUCACAAAAAGUCAGACGAUGAAAGGAACACAGAGGCAUCUGAGGAGACAGCUGGGUUUCCUCUGAUAAAAUUUCAGGGGAAGGAUGCUACAUCCUUGCAGCGUCUUUCAAAGGAUACAGCCAUGGGUUUGGUACUAAAGGCAGCUGGGGGAACAGGAUGGACCACAGGAUCUGGAAUGGAAGGGCCUGCUGUAUCAGAAGGCCCAAGUGAAAAUACUGAAAUUGCUGAGAAGUCCAUUUACCCAUGGUCUCUCUUUACCAAAUCCCCUCGACGACGGAUGAGAGUUGCAUUUACUUGUGGUGUUUGUGGCCAACGCACAACUCGUGCUAUCAACCCACAUGCCUAUACAGAUGGAACUGUUUUUGUUCAGUGUGCAGGAUGUGAUGUUUUCCACAAAUUAGUGGAUAAUCUCAACCUUUUUCAUGAGUUGAAUGGCAGCAUAUACCCAAGAUAUGAUGAGACAAGCUCAAAAAAGCCACCGCACUUGAAGUUUCUGGAUAUGGAUGAUUUUCCACUAUUCUAAGAGAAAUCAAAUGGAGAUGACACUUCUAUGUUUAUAUUACAAAUGUCCUACACAUAAGCUGAAAGAUAUAAGCCAUUCGCAUUUCAAAACCUACUAGCCUAGGUAUUUAGAGCUCAAGAAUGGCCUCAUGAUUAGGGUUUCUCUAUAUUUUUUUCCAUCUAUUAGGCAGUAGAUGUAUAUUCCUAUUCGUCUUGUUGGCAACUCUAUGACUAAUUAACCAAUAAUAUCCUGUCAAAUAUUAAUGUAAAUAUGGACUUAAUGUAAUUUCUAUAUCAUACCCAUUGAUAUGCUCACCUGUUAUUGCAACUUGCAAUUCCAGUUGAUUUGUGCUUAUACCCUUCGUGGUCUUUAGAGUCAUUCUUGGGUGCUGGUCCCAAAUGCAAUUUCACUUUAAAAUUAAUCAAAGUAGCUUUGAUUGUUUGCCUUAAA